AUGGCCGCUGAAAAGGCCGACUCUGUCCAAUCACCCGAUGUCGAAAUACCCAAAGACCUCCCCGAUGAAGACCGCCUCAAGGAAGCCGCCGCCGCGGCAGAGAAAGCCAUAGCAGCCCAAGGCAUGGCGAAUAAACUGCGCGAGACGGCCUCGUCUUUCACCGACCCAAAGAAGCGCGAGAAGAUGCUCACAGACGCGUAUAAUAAAGAGAUGGAGGCACAUGGCAACAGCAAGAAGGCGCGCAUGCUGCAGAGCGGAGCGUUCCAGGGGACCAUAGGCGGAGCUGGCAUCGGCGGCGCGGUGAGUGCUGGCGUCGGUACGCUCGUAGGCACGGUGGUGGGAGGUGUGACUGCGAUACCAGUGACGGGCUUAGGUGCGUUGGCUGGCGCCGGAGUGGGGGCAAUACACGGGCCGUUCAUCAAGCUGGGGAACCUUGCGAAAGGAGUUGGAGGCGGAGACGGCAAGAAAGAUGGAAAGAAGGGCGAGAAGCAGGGUGAAAAGAAAAACGGCGAACAACAGGCCGAGGAAAUCAACCCGGACGAUGAAGACGUCGUACCCAAUCCUCAAGCUUUGCGCCAGGCUGCCGACGCACUAUCCGAAGAGCGCGCAAAGACAGGAUUGGAGAGCGAGCCAUCGGCGAAUGGUGGUGACGCCUCUAAACCGGGCAAGAAGAAGCCCCGAAAGAUCGAGAUACGGUCCGGAGGCCAGAAGCAGGAGUCUUCGUAG